CCAACUACAAAUGUGUUUGAGUAUUUUUAUGUGUUGAAUGUUGGGAGUGGUAAGGAGAAGGGGUGGUACUAUUUUACGGGUCGAGUAGUCAAUAAGAAGAGGAAGGAUUUGUUUAGUGUUGGGCCAUCUUCCAUCAAAGGAUGGAAAGAUAAGUUUUUUUUUGCGGAUGACACUAAGUGGGAUAAGACGGAUGCUGAGGUGGAGAACCUGAGCCGGUGGAAGGCAAAAGGGUUGAACCUCAAUGAGUAUAGUCUGACCUCAGGGGAGUUAGAGGAUGUGAAGGUGUUGGAGAGGGGGAAUGAAGGCAUACUAAAUGUUAUGGAGUACACAAGCCAGAGGAUGGUAGAGGCGAUUGAGAUAUAUGGGCCGACCUCGUGAAGCGGAGAAGAGAUGAACAAGUUUUUGGAAGCAGCUGGUGGAGUUGGCACCCCUAAAAAGGGCAGGGGGAAGAAAACCAAGGUCGGAAGGCGAGGUGAGGGGGCUUCGGUACCUCAGACCGAGGUCCAAACCUUAGCUGUUUCUCAGCCUAGCAAUGUUAAGGAUGAAGUGACAGCUGUUGAGGAAGGGCCCAUUAUUGCAAAGAGGAGGAGAAAGGAGCAACAAGAGGCUAGGGAAGAGGUGACGGAACUUGCCACUUCAUCUCUUUGUGUUAAGGUUGGGCCUUCAGCCACAGCUGCUGACGUUGCUACUGCAUUCCAGGAGCAGGGGUAUAUCCGUCUGCAGACAACAAGCUUAUAUGAUUCUGGGAUGAGAAGCACAGCAAAAAGGUUCAUCAACGCCUACUUCCUGGAGGUGAAUUACCAAUGUGCAAACAAUGAGGUGGCGACCAGAGGUUCAAUUAGGGUGGUGCGUUAGGCCCUGAGGUAUGAUACUCUUAUCUUGUUUAAAGUUUUGAGAUAAAAUUUUCUUAACUAUUUGGUGACUUAAGUUUAUUCGAUUGUGUAGACUGUAAACCUCGUGAAUGCAUUGGCGAACGAGCAUCAUGAGAGUUUGAGGGACAAAAAUCAAAUGAGGAAGGAGAACGCCUAGCUUGUUAAGAAAAAUGAGAAGGCCGAGGUCGAAGUGGCAAAGCUGAAAGCGAAGAUGGAGGAACUCAAGGAGGACGCCACUUUAAAGAAAGACUUAGAGCUCUCAUAUGAAAAGAGAAAAAUCUGUGAAGACGAGCUUAAAAAGAAAUAAAAAGAGUUGGACAAGGUGGCGAAGGAAGCAGCUGAGUUCGAGCUUAAGGUUCACAACUCUGUUAAAAAGCAUGUGGAAGGGUUUUUGAAGUCUAGCACUUUCGAGGAUAUUGUCAACAUCUACCGAUUCCCUACGGCAAUUGUAGCUUUCUCUGCUUGUCGAAAGAAGGUGAAGUUGUAGUAUCCUAAUGUGGAUGUGACAAAAAUCACAUUUGGAGAUCAGGAGGGAGAAGUGGAGGAAAAUGGGGAGAGCAGUACUGCUGACUUUCGUCCUAAGGUUACGCUAAAAUGGGACAGAGACAGCAGAGGUCGAACCAGUUUAGCUUUAAAGUUUAGUUUUGAGUUCGUAGCGGUAGGUGACGAGGGGACCGAAGGUGCUGACAACCUAGAUCAGCUUGUUGAAUAACUUCGCAUUUUGUUCAUCUUUGUAAAAAAAUUUGUUUGUAAACGAUUAAAGUAUUAUUUAAUAAAUUCAGUUCGACAUU